AUGGAUUGCUUGUUACCGCGAUCCUCCAACAUCACAAACACCAUGACAGCCUCGUCUCUAGCGUACUUGACGCCCGAUCCGUCCGCAGACCUGGAAGGAGUCUAUCACUUCGUCCUCAAUCGACCCGACGCCCGCAACGCCAUCAGUCGAGCCCUACUACAAGAUGUUUUACAAUGUCUUCGACAGCUGCGCAAAAUGAUCUCGAAUCCGAGUUUGACUGAUGCACUACCGCGUGUUCUCAUCCUGCGUGCCAACGGCCCAGCCUUCUGUGCCGGAGCCGACCUGAAGGAACGCGGGCAGAUGUCGGAACUCGAAGUCGUCGAGUUUCUUCACAAUCUGAGGCAGAUGCUGGAUCAAGUGGAAAAGCUACCGAUCCCGACCCUUGCAGCGAUAGAUGGGCCGGCUCUUGGUGGUGGCCUGGAGCUAGCUUUGGCCUGCGACUUUCGCAUUGCCGCUGAAUCGGUGGAUAGGAUCGGCUUCCCAGAGGUCAAGCUAGGCAUCAUUCCUGGCGCUGGUGGAACACAGCGAGCUCCUCGCAUCAUCGGCGUGCAACGGGCAAAGGAGCUGAUCUACACCGGUAUCAAUCUCAAUGCACAGCAAGCCAAACAGCUGGGCCUUGUCGACUACGUCUCUCCAGGCUCGUCUUGCCUCGAGUUGUGCCAACAGCUAGCGCAAAAGAUGAUCCCAUCGGCGCCUCUGGCGCUUCGAGCUGCAAAGAUGGCCAUCAGCAUGGGCACCAACGUAGAGCUUGCCCGCGGACUCGACCUGGAAUGGGCAUGCUAUCAACCGCUGCUCGAAACCGAGGACCGCAGGGAGGCGCUCGAUGCUUUCCAGCAGAAACGAAAACCUGUGUUCAUUGGCAAGUAG